GCAGACAGCUGAGGAGCCCGUCCCGUGCAGAACGAAGGAGCAAGAUCCCCCCCGCCCCACACCUCCUCCUCCGCCCCACACCUCUUCCUCUUCCUCCUCCUCCUCCUCCUCCUCCUCGCCUCCGACGGAGCAGAGGAGCGCCGCCAUCAUGGAUGGCUUCUAUGACCAGCAGGUCCCGCUGAUGACCACACACAGCAACUCUCAAGUGCAGAAUUCUGAGAUCCGUUGUCGUGGCGACCGAAAGAGGAAGUUCGCAGAGGCUGAGCUUGACCAGGACACCGAAGAUCUGUUUCAGGACCUGAGUCAACUUCAGGAGAUCUGGAUUGCAGAAGCUCAAGUUCCUGAUGACGAACAGUUUGUCCCAGAUUUCCAGUCGGAUAACUUGAUAUUCCACGGGGGCCCCCAGACCAAGGUGAAGCGGGAGCAGAGUCCCUCCGGAGAGCUGAGUCCCUGCAGCCAGACCCGCCGCCUCUCCCCCUACGGAGAGAAGUGCCUUUACAACUACAGUGCCUACGGCAGGAAGCCCAUCAACUUCAACAAGCCUUUGACUCCGCCCUCCACCCCAGUCUCGCCAUGUGGCUCCUCCCACACGCAAGUGCCCCACCCCCUCCAGAAACAAGCCACGCCUUCUCAUAUGCAGCACCAAGGACCUCUGCAAGCACUGCAGGGACACGCCCAUCAGCACAGGACACACCCUCUCCAGCAGAGGACACACCCACUCCAGCAGACGACACACCCACUCCAUGGCCAAAGCCCGCCUUUCGCCGUGCCCCACCCACCCAUGAAUCAUCAUGACUCUUCAUACAGCACAGAGCACAGGUUCCAGAGGCAGCUUUCAGAGCCCUGUCGGCCGUACCCCCCCAGCAGCCCCUCCUGCCGAACCCCCUUCUCCUCCCAGACUGGCGGGGGUGUCCCGUGCGAACCCCACAUGCGCCCCCCCUACCAGCGGCAGAUGUCCGAGCCGGUGGCCCACGCUGGCCCCCCCGGCGGCGGCCCCCCCCAGGCCUUCAAGCAGGAGCUGGUGGACCCCCGCUACGGCGAGCAGCAGGGCCUGUGCCCCCCCACACACAUGCGCCCCCCCUUCCGCCAGGUGUCCAUCAAGCAGGAGCCGCGGGACUUUGGGUUUGACACAGAGGUGUCAAACUGCCAGUCAUCAUUUGUCAGCAAGUCGGCCAACCUUUACAGGAGCAACAGUGAAGGCUUCAUGUUCGAUGGAGACUCUCACCUGUACUACGACGAUACCUGUGUGGUCCCAGACAGAAUCGAUGGUAAGAUAAUAAAGCAGGAGGGUGGUGUGUUUCGGGAUGGCCCCCCCUACCAGCGACGGGGGUCACUGCAGCUCUGGCAGUUCCUGGUGACGCUGCUGGACGAUCCGGCCAACAGCCACUACAUCAUGUGGACUGGCCGUGGCCUGGAGUUUAAACUCAUCGAGCCCGAGGAGGUUGCCCGUCGGUGGGGGAUCCAGAAGAACCGUCCCGCCAUGAACUACGACAAGCUGAGCCGCUCUCUGCGCUACUACUACGAGAAGGGCAUCAUGCAGAAGGUAAAGGUGGCAGGCGAGCGGUACGUCUAUAAGUUCGUGUGUGACCCCGAGGCUCUGUUCUCCAUGGCCUUCCCCGAUAACCAGCGGCCGAGCCUGAAGGCCGAGCCAGAGGGGCUCCCCGUCCCCGAGGAUGACACCAUGCCCCUGUCCCACUACGAGGACCACGCCAGCGUCCCCUACCACCCCCCGGGCCCCGAGGCCAGGGACCAGUGCCCCCCCGCAGGCAUGCCCUUCCCCGACGUCUACGCCUUCUAGGGAGGAGACGAGAGAGGAGAGACCAAUGGAUG